AGGGGCAGGGUUGAUUGCUGCUACAACUGUAGUCCACCCGCCACGCUCAAGAUGGUGACGUUUCCCGCGGGGAGUCUCGCGCUACGUGUCUAAAUUUACGCGAGAACUGUCGGCGCGUCGUGAUGGAGCCGGGCGGUGGCGGAGGACCGGGCUUGCUCAUUGUCAAUAACAAACAACGGAGUGGGGGGCUCGGGCUGACGCCGCCGCCACCAGGGGGAAAAAGUCGAGAGCCCAACCGCAACCAGCGCAAGGACUCGGAGGGCUACUCCGAGUCUCCAGAUUUUGAGUUUGAAUAUGCCGACACAGACAAAUGGGCUGCUGAACUGUCAGAGUUAUACAGUUACACAGAAGGUCCUGAAUUUCAACUCAACAAAAAAUGCUUUGAGGAGGAUUUUAGGUUGCAUGUGCUGGAUAAGAAAUGGACAGAAUUGGACACCAGUCAGCAUCGUACCCAUGCCAUGAGGCUUCUUGAUGGUCUUGAGGUCACUGCUCGAGAGAAAAGGCUCAGGAUAGCCCGAGCCAUCCUCUAUGUUGCGCAAGGAACAUUUGAUGAGUGCAGCUCUGAAGCUGAAGUUCAGUUCUGGAUGAGAUACAACAUUUUUCUUCUGCUGGAAGUUGGCACAUUCAACGCUUUGGUGGAGCUUUUGAACAUGGAAAUUGAUAACAGUGCUGCUUGCAGCAGUGCAGUGAGGAAACCUGCCAUCUCCCUGGCUGACAGUACAGAUUUAAGGGUGCUGUUGAAUAUAAUGUACCUUAUUGUAGAGACAGUCCGCCAGGAGUGUGAAGGAGACAAGCCUGAGUGGAAGACAAUUAGACAGACCUUCAGAGCAGAACUAGGGGCACCGCUCUAUAACAAUGAGCCAUUUUCUGUUAUGCUCUUUGGGAUGGUGACGAAAUUCUGCAGUGGCCAUGCCCCUCACUUCCCUAUGAAGAAGGUGUUGCUGCUGCUUUGGAAGACUGUCCUGUGCACUCUUGGAGGAUUUGAGGAGCUUCAGGAUAUGAAGGCAGAGAAACGGGAGAUGUUGGGGCUCCCACCACUUCCUGAGGACAGCAUCAAAGUAAUACGCAACAUGAGGGCUGCCUCUCCUCCAGCAUCUGCUUCUGAUUUAAUAGAGCAGCAGCAGAAACGGGGUCGACGGGAGCACAAGGCUCUUAUUAAACAGGAUAAUCUGGAUGCCUUCAAUGAGCGAGAUCCCUACAAAGCUGAUGACUCCCGUGAAGAGGAGGAGGAGAAUGAUGAUGAUAACAGUCUUGAGGGAGAGACAUUCCCUCUUGAGAGAGAUGAGGUGAUGCCCCCUCCUGUCCAGCAGCCUUCAACUGACCGUCUGACUUGCCCAAAAGGUCUGCCAUGGGCACCCAAGGUCAGAGAGAAAGACAUUGAAAUGUUUCUGGAAUCUAGUCGGAGCAAAUUCAUUGGCUAUACCUUGGGGAGUGACACCAACACAGUAGUUGGACUGCCCAGACCUAUUCAUGAAAGUAUCAAAACUCUGAAGCUGCACAAGUAUACAUCUAUUGCAGAGAUACAAGUACAAAUGGAAGAAGAGUACUUGCGUUCUCCCUUGUCAGGGGGGGAAGAGGAGGUUGAGCAAGUUCCUGUGGAAAUCUUGUACCAAGGUCUACUUCCUAGUCUGCCCCAGUACAUGAUUGCCUUGCUGAAGAUCCUGCUGGCUGCAGCACCCACCUCCAAAGCCAAGACUGAUUCCAUUAACAUCCUAGCAGAUGUUUUGCCAGAGGAGAUGCCAACAACUGUGUUGCAGAGCAUGAAACUCGGAGUUGAUGUGAACAGGCACAAGGAGAUAAUUGUAAAGGCAAUUUCUGCAGUUCUGCUGCUGCUACUUAAACAUUUCAAACUAAAUCAUGUCUAUCAGUUUGAAUAUAUGGCCCAGCACCUGGUGUUUGCCAAUUGCAUCCCACUUAUAUUGAAAUUCUUCAAUCAGAACAUCAUGUCGUAUAUCACUGCCAAGAACAGCAUCUCUGUGUUGGAUUAUCCUUACUGUGUGAUCCAUGAACUCCCUGAGUUGACAGCAGAGAGUCUGGAAGCUGGGGACAACAAUCAAUUUUGCUGGCGGAACCUGUUUUCCUGCAUUAAUCUUCUUAGGAUACUGAAUAAAUUAACAAAGUGGAAACACUCUAGAACCAUGAUGCUGGUGGUAUUCAAGUCUGCUCCCAUUCUGAAACGGGCCCUUAAGGUGAAGCAAGCUAUGAUGCAGCUCUAUGUUCUGAAGCUUCUCAAAGUGCAGACAAAGUAUCUGGGGCGACAGUGGAGGAAGAGCAACAUGAAGACUAUGUCUGCAAUCUACCAAAAAGUGCGGCAUCGGCUCAAUGAUGACUGGGCAUAUGGCAAUGAUUUGGAUGCACGUCCAUGGGACUUCCAGGCUGAGGAGUGUGCUCUGCGUGCCAGCAUAGAGCGCUUCAACUCUCGACGUUAUGAUCGGGCACAUAACAACCCUGACUUUCUGCCUGUGGAUAACUGUUUGCAGAGUGUACUGGGACAGCGUGUAGAACUGCCUGAAGAUUUCCAAAUGAAUUAUGACUUGUGGCUGGAAAGGGAAGUUUUUUCUAGACCCAUCUGCUGGGAGGAAUUGCUGCAGUGACACUUAUGUAAGAGGAAGAUCUCAAAGAUUCAGAGCUAGCACCUGUGCCCAAGGAUGAAAUUCCUCCUCUUCAGUCAGCCAGACAUACAAAGAAGAUAUUUAUUGUGCUGCUUGUAGCCUGCAGUUCUCCCCUUUUCCUUCAGGUGGCAGCAUGGAUUUAUACGGUUCUCAAGGAUCUGGCAAUAUGGCUUUCCUAAGUCUUUUGGACUGCUUCAGUUACUGGCUGGCUUGGAAGGUGCUAUGUGGGUUUUGAAUAGUUCAAUUUGAAACCCAAACCAGUUGAACAUCCUUCCGCAGAAUAUCAGUAUCAGCCUUAGUUGUUGUGCAGUUCUUCUUCUUGUCCAGCUUCUGCUUUCUGGUCUUGACUGGCUACUCUGUUCCAAAACCUAGAAUGGUAACUUGCUCUGCUGUGUGUGUCCCCCCCCACAUCCCCAAAAAAGAGAAUGGCACCCUUUUUCUGCUAGCUUUUAAGGAAGAAGAGCAGCUUCAUGGUGUCAUGACUGAGAGGGGGAAAAGGUGCACACCAUUGUCCAUGCUGAUCCAAAGAAGAGAGGACCCAUCAAGUGCUUGUAGGAAUUCAUUCUAGUUAGGAGAAGUCAGAGUUGUGAAUAGGAUAUGUUAUAGCAGUGUCAAUAAUACUUGCAUCUGCUUGGAGGUGGUGGAUAUAUAUUAUAAAUAGCUUGUCUCUGCUUGGAGAAGCAAGAAGGCAACUUUACUCAGAUCACCCUCUAGGAGGUGAACUUUGUAUAAUAACUGUAAGUUGUACCCGAGCGAGUGUGGCUGGAUAUUAAUACCUGUUUCCAUUGAGUAAUCCCCCUUUCUGGAAGCUGCACCAGAGAGAGAGAGAGAGAGAGGCAAAUGCUAACAUUCUCCAGUUUUCCUUAAUGUGCACCCUUUCCCCUUCCAAACAGUUUUACAGCACAAAUGCACUUGCCAGUGUCGCUCCCUUCAGGCUCCUUUGUUGUCUUACAAACAUUCAGGAGCAAGAAGAGUACACUGGAUUCUAGCAGCUGGUACUGCAAUUGAGGCAUUUUUCUAUUUCUGCUUUGCAGUCCGAUUGCAUACAUAGGCUGCAAUUGUAGGGCUACUUACAUGGAGAGAAGUCCCACUUAAAUCAAGGGGACUGAGUCAGCAUGUUUAGGACUGGGGUGUCAUUCAGAUGCUACUACAACACAGCAGGUUUGGAAGGGACUGAUUCAGCACUUUGUGUUGAGUCUGAAUUACUUAUAACCAAAUACUCCUAUAAGAGUAACCUGUAGCAUUGAGGUUGCAGAGGGUGUCUCAAGCAGUGAGCAGAAGGGACCAAGGCAUAUAUUGAUUGUUUGGAAUCAGAACCAAGUUUAACAAAGCAAACACAACUAGCUUGAGCAGGUGCCGCCAGGUAGCCAGUCAAGCAACAAUUAUGAUGUAACCACAGAUGAAAGUUACAAGCUUUUUCGAGGUGGAGUUCCUUCUGUCUCUGCACUGUGAACAAGGUGGUGACAUGAUCAUGCAAUUAAAGCAUAUGGUCGCAUAAAAGAAUUAUGAACAAGCAUUAAAACAAUGAAAUACC